UCUCAUCGAGAUGCUGCGGACACUGUUUCUUAUCCAUUUUUUCUGGUUAAUAUACUGCCACGUUUUAUCAAAGGCACUUGCUGACCUGCUAAACGUCUCGGAGAACCCAAGAGAUUGGUUGACGGACCAAUCAAAUUAUACGAAUGAUUCCGUAGUGCCACCUCGGACUGCGGCGAUAACCGGGGACACGAUCAUAACCGGUCAUGGGUACGGGGUGGAGGUGCACAGUGUGGUAACCAGGGACAAUGAAGGCUUUACACUGAAGAUAUUCCGCAUCUCGUCAUCGCCACACUGUAAGAAUUGGGGUGUAAAGCCGGCAGUGCUACUCAAUCACGGGAUGACCGCAUCGGCGGACUCGUGGCUGAUUAUGGGACCCAGGAACGGAUUGCCCUACUUGUUGGCCGAUGCCUGCUACGAUGUUUGGCUGACCAACUGCCGCGGAACACGUUACUCCAAGGGCCGGAAGCCAAAAAUUGCUGGUUUGCUCUCAUUCUGGGACUUCAGCUGGCACGAAAUCGGAACGGAGGACCUGCCCGUCAUCAUCGAUCAUAUCCUUCAUACCACAAAGCAGAGUGCUCUGCACUUUGUGGGUCAUUCGCAGGGCACCACAACGCUGAUGGUGUUGCUCAGCAUGCGACCGGAGUACAAUGUGAAGAUCAAGACCGCCCAACUCCUGGCUCCUGCUGUCUUCAUGCGCCACUCCCUCACUCUGAUUCAGAAGCUCUUGAGUCCCAUACUUAAACUAAUGCCCGACAUUGAGCUCGUGCCCCAUCUCAGUGUUCUGAGCACCUUCAUUUCUGCCCUGUGCAAAGUGUCGGGUUUUAAGCAAGUCUGCACGGCCAUGUACCUUUUAUCCGGCGGAAAAGUGUCAAAACACAUGGAUAGAAGUAUUGUCCCGUUGUUGCUUGCCACUCAUCCGAAUGGAAUUUCUCCGAGGCAGCCAAAGCACUUCUUCCAGCUCAAGGACUCUGGGAGGUUCCAACAAUACGACUUUGGAUCCUUGAAGAACAUGCUUCGAUACAAGAAACGCUCUCCGCCGAUAUACCCGCUGCAAAAUGUCCGCCCGUUGUCGCCCAUUCACUUGUACUACAGCGAGGAUGACGGAACCGUUUCCCCAAAGGACGUUUUAACACUAACUAACCAUUUGUGCCAUACGGUGGUGCACCAUCAUAUAACUGAGCGCACGUUCGACCACACGGACUUCCUAUUCGCGACUACCGUAAAUAGAAUGAUUAACACUCCGGUAAUGAAUGUUAUUCAGCAAUACGAGUCCAACCACAAAAAUGGCUAAAAAAGUAAUUAAACACAAUUUACUGCAAGUGUUACAGUCGCACUCCCAAUAAGUCCUGCCGUUUUAUCGGAUAACCGCUAAGUAAUAAUGAAUUUGUACGUACGUAUUAAACUUAUUGUUUUGGACUACAAUACACUGACCAGUACAGCCAAUUCCCCCAGUUUCUAUAAGAAGUACUAAAUUCGAAUUACUGUGAAUAAAAAAGUUGACAAACCA